GGCGCUUGUGUUAUUGUUUUUAUUCUGCGUGAAAAAAUACAAGUUCAUUUGGUUAAAAUAAGAAAUCACUUUUAGAUCAGUGAUUUGUUAUGUCGUGGUCAAAUGGAUUAGUCAAGGAAAUCCUGAAGCCCGAAAGCUUGAUUAUUUCAACAGAAAUCGCCGUUGUUAUAGCAGACAAGUUUCCCAAGGCGAAGCAUCACUAUCUGGUAAUCCCAUUAGCCGACAUUCCCAGCAUAUUUCAUCUGGAUCGGAGCCACCUGUCGCUCUUGGAGGAGCUGCAUCUCUUGGCCAGGAACAUUGUCGAGGUGAAGGGCGGCCGCUGGGAGGAUUUCAAGGUCGGUUUCCACGCGGAACCGAGCAUGCAACGGCUCCACUUGCACGUCAUCUCCAGGGAUUUCGUAUCUCCAAGUCUGAAGACCAAGAAGCAUUGGAACUCCUUCAACACCGACCUAUUUGUGCCCUACAAAAAACUUUGCGCUGAGCUGGAGAGGCAGAAUAGUAUUUCGCGGCUGCCGAAAUCGCUGAAAGACGAACUACUGGCCAAGCCUCUGACUUGCAACCAGUGCGAAUUUAUUUCGAAAAAUUUGCCAACACUCAAGGAACAUCUGUUGGGGCACCUCCAAGAUCCGACUCAAUCGAACCGAAAAUACUGACUAGGGAACCAGUUCCUCCCGGUGGAGGAACUGAGAAAAUCACAACUUUUUUGUUUAGUUUUCGGUGAUUUCCUCAAUUUUUAAGGAGGCUAGUCCAACAAAAUGGAGAAGGAUAAGAAAGCGUACUUUCGGGAUGAGCUGAAGCGCAAGCUUAAGGAUAAGAGGAACUUUCUCAUCGAAAGUGAUCUGGCGGUGGUAAUCAAGGCCGAUUUUCCCAAGUCCCAAUAUCAUUUUCGGGUGGUGGCUAAGGAAGAGUUACGGGACGUAACUAAGUUAACCGAAGAGCAGCUGCCCUUGCUGGAUCACAUGAUGGAGCUGGCCAAUCAAAUAAUCGAGAAGCAGGAUCACCUAGAGUCGCGUAACUUUCGCAUAGGUUUCAAGGUCCACACGUUCUGGAACCGUCUGAAUCUACACGUGAUUUCCGACGACUUUUAUUCUAUGGCCAUGAAACGUCCGCGUCAUUGGAAUAGUUUCAACACGGAACUUUUUAUGCCCUUCCAAAUGGUCCACAUGCUGCUAAGUGUGCAGGGCUCCAUUGAGCCCAUGUCGGAAGAGAGGUUCCAGGAGCUGCAGAUGCAGAAGCCCUUCCACUGCAACCAGUGCGAUUUUGUAACCGAAUUGCUGCUCGAUCUAAAGGCUCACCUGUUUCACCAUUGGCACCGUAAGGAAGGCGAGCGAGAACAGAAGAAAAAACUAGAUAAAAUAACUCAAAUGAUAGAUGAGGCGAAGCUGGAUACGGCGGUGAAGCCAGCUGAGCCAUCUGAACGGUCCAUCCCAAGUCAGCCAUUAGCUGAAAAUACGCAGUUUCCCAAUCAGAACCCAAGGAAUCCCUUCCAAACUGCGCAACAACAAGAGGGUCAGCAGCAGGCCGACAGUGGAUAUGCCAACUACGUAAACGGGCCGCCGGUGAACAUGAUGAAUCAGCAGAAUCCAAACAAUCCAUUCCGAAACACUCCUCCCCUCAAUAUCCAGUCGCUGAAUCAGCCGCAAGUUAAUAACUUCAAUAACCGGCCAGGUUACAAGCCACGUGGACCUAUGCAGCAUCAAGGACCUCGGGGUCCUUGGAACGGUCCUCGUUUUCCACCUAAUCAACAUCAAAACCAGUUUAGGCCUCCGGGGAACAACAGGUUCCAAAAACCUCCUCAAAGGAACCAUCAGGGCCCGCCGCUUUAUCCUAAUCCGGCUUUUUCCGGCGGAGGACCCGGACCCAGUGGUCAACAAAUUGGAGCAAGACCCAAAUGGAAUCCAAAAAAUCCACCAUACCCAAAGCAACAGAAUCCGAACCAACAAUUACAGCAGAACUGCAAUCCUCAGCAGGCAAAUCAGAAUCCGAAUCAGCAAAAUCGCCCCUAUUUAAAUCAACAAAGUCGCCAGAAUCCUCGUCAAGCAUUUCAACAAAACCAGCAACAGAAUCCAAAUAUGAAUACCAUUCAAGGGAACCCUCAUAACACAACUAAUCAAAAUCGUCAGAAUAAUAAUCAACAAACCCGUCAAAAUACUUAUCAACAGAAUAAGAACAAAGACAACAAACCAGCCAACCCAAAUCAUCAGCAGCAGUCUUCUGGGAAGCUUCAGGGUCAAGGAGCUCAGGGUCCAUCUCCUGCAACCAAUUCCAAGCCAUCUGGCGCUUCCUAGGAUACCUAUUCCAAUUGUAACAACGAAUUUAAACAGCCUGUUUUUACAAUAACAAACUAUUAAAAAAAGGGGAAACAUAAAUGGAAAAAUAAGUAGCCUGACAUCACCUCUCAUUUCUUGAGAGCUUUAUAAGUUUGUUGUCUGUUAGCACUUUCAAAUCAUGCAUUAAAAUGUUCCUUUUUUCAACAAGAAUAGGAAAUUAGAUUUAAAAAAAAUAUAAAAAAAUAUAAAAUAAAAAUACUAUUGAGAAAGUUUCA